AGAGAGAGAGAGAGAGAGAGGAGAGAGAGAGGGUGUGUUGACUGCAGCCGCUGAAGGCUACUUCCGAUCCGCAGAGGGCGACAGCCAGCCUCCACUGUGGCGGACCUCCAGACACAAUAGACCGGGUUCCGGCUCUUCUCCAAUCCCAACCGGUAUGUCGGAUGAGGAUUCGCGUGCCAGCACCAGUUCAUCCUCGUCACCACCCUCCUCCAGCCAAAACCGACAGAAGGAUACGCUUUGCAAGAAGAAACGGGAUACUAAAGCCAGCAUGAGCAAGACCUCUAAGCUGCUUUCUACCAGCGCCAAAAGGAUUCAGAAAGAGUUGGCUGAUAUUACACUGGACCCUCCGCCAAACUGCAGUGCUGGCCCAAAAGGAGACAACAUCUAUGAGUGGAGAUCAACAAUCCUGGGACCACCAGGCUCUGUGUAUGAGGGAGGCGUCUUCUUUCUAGAUAUCGCCUUCACCCCGGAUUAUCCAUUCAAACCCCCCAAGGUCACAUUUCGUACAAGGAUCUAUCACUGCAACAUCAACAGUCAGGGGGUGAUCUGCUUGGACAUCCUGAAGGACAACUGGAGUCCCGCCCUCACCAUCUCCAAAGUGCUUUUGUCCAUCUGCUCCCUGCUCACAGACUGUAACCCAGCUGAUCCCUUGGUGGGAAGCAUCGCCACCCAGUACACGACUAACAGAGCGGAACAUGACCGAACGGCUAAACAGUGGACAAAGCGAUAUGCCACAUAAAUCCAGAGAGGACGGGUGUGGUAUGUGGGUGGUUUGUGUUUGGGGUUUAUUUCUAUCUGAGAUUAUUAGUACAUUAUUGUCUGGUAUAUUUUCUUUUUCCUUUAUGAUUAAGUUAUCACCACAAAUAUGGUAAUAAAGGAUCACAAUGGAAAGUAAA